AUGAGUUACCCAAACUAUCCUUCGGUACAGUUUCCGCAGCCGAAUAUUACUCGUGUCUCUCCCUCGCCCGCUAACUAUCAAUAUCCCACCCCUCAACGUCGUCCGUCCUCCUCACCUUUACUUCAAAGAGAGAGAGAGCUUUCACCACCACCUCCUCAACAGAGAAGAAGCACCGGAAGUUCUCCGAUGAAUACAAUGGAAAGUACAAUUACCCAACUUCUUGUCACUACAAAAUCCUUGUUGGAAGCUUUGACUGCUUGGUCUAACGGGCUUGUGACUGAGCAACAAGUUUCUGAUAUUUAUGUAAAAUUAGCUAUUGAAUUAAAUCAUGUUGUUCAAUUGUUUGGACAAGCUGGUGUGGACACGAGUAACAUGACGAAUAUUCCACAAGAAUUGAAAGUAUGUCUUGAGAAUGCUCUUUGUGAAAAGGCUUCUCCUUCUUCUUUGGAGAACCACCUUCCUAAAAUCAGAGAUAUUAUAGUAACCUUGUUACAAGCUUUGAAGACAAAACAAAGUACAUAUCGUCAAACUCAAAAUAAUUAUGAAAGUAAUAGCCCACAACCGACUUCUCCCAUUAAUGGGCCCCAAUCAUUCUUCUCU